UAGCUGAUUCUUCUGACACCUGAGCGAGGAACAGCGUGUCUUGUAAUAACUUAUGCAGUGACUCAAAACAAAUAAAAUGUAUAAAUAAGUCAUGGUGUCAAGGCCUCCCGUGAAGGGCAGGGAACUCUUGCAUCACAGGUUUACAUCGAAAUAGUUGACUGCACUGUCUUCGUGGAUAGGUUUUGACUUCAUGUUAUGUAACCUAGAAGUAGAAGAAAAGUAGACCAAAAAAAUAAAUCACUUAACAAGACACAAUGAUGAGUAAACUAUUUAGUCCAGUGCAGAGAACUGUCUAUGUUUUGACUUGCGCCUUGAGACAACACUCUACAAAGGCUGCCCCAGCUGUUGGCCCUGCAAAAAUAGGUGUCAAAUCUGAGCAGGUCUUUAACAGAGAAGAUAAGUUUGGAGCUCACAACUAUCACCCUUUACCAGUGGCCAUUCAGAAAGCCAAAGGUGUCUUUGUGUGGGACAUAGAAGGCAACAAAUAUUACGACUUUCUUAGCGCUUAUUCUGCAGUAAAUCAAGGUCAUUGUCACCCCAGAAUAAUUAGUGCCCUUAAAAAACAAGCAGAUAUUGUUACGCUAACAUCUCGUGCAUUUUACAACACAUGCCUGGGUGAAUAUGAAGAAUACAUUACCAAACUUUUUGGCUAUGACAAAGUAUUGCCUAUGAACACAGGUGUUGAAGGAGGAGAAACAGCAUGUAAACUAUCCAGGAAGUGGGGAUAUAAAGUAAAGAAAAUUCCAGAAAACAAAGCCCGUAUUAUUUUUGUUGAAGGCAACUUCUGGGGUAGAACUCUUGCAGCAGUGUCAUCCUCCACAGAUCCAUCUAGCUUCAAGGAAUAUGGCCCAUUCAUGCCUGGUUUCAGUGUUGUGCCAUAUGACAAUGUGGAAUCUCUAGAGAAAGAAUUCCAGGAUCCUAAUGUGUGUGCAUUUAUGUUUGAGCCUAUACAAGGUGAAGCUGGAGUUGUGGUUCCUCAUGAUGGAUACCUGAAGAAGGUUAGGGACUUGUGUACCAAAUACAAUGUUUUGAUGGUUGCUGAUGAGGUGCAGACAGGAUUGGGCAGAACAGGAAGACGACUGGCUUGCGACCAUGAGAAUGUACGCCCAGAUAUUGUGAUUUUGGGCAAAGCUCUUUCUGGAGGUGUAUUGCCUGUGUCUGCUGUGCUGGCUGACAAUGAAGUUAUGUUAACAAUCCUCCCAGGAGAACAUGGAUCCACAUUUGGUGGUAAUCCUCUUGCAUGUAAAGUUGCAUUAGAAGCCUUGCAGGUGCUUGAAGAAGAGCAAUUGGCAGAGAAUGCUGAGAGACUUGGUAAUAUCUUAAGGCAAGAGUUGAAUAAACUCCCAAAGAAUAUUGUUAGCAUUGUUAGAGGGAAAGGUCUUCUAAAUGCUAUUGUCAUUAAUCCAGGUUUUGAUGCAUGGGAAGUUUGUUUGAAGCUGCGUGAUAAUGGCCUACUGGCAAAACCCACUCAUGGUGACAUCAUUAGAUUCGCUCCACCCUUGAUGCUAACAGAGGAACAAUUGAGAGAAUGUGUGGACAUUAUUUCAAGAGUUAUCUUGAACUUUAAAUAGGUGACAAAAAAUUAAGACUUUUCUUCAGAAUCUUUGUAAUUAGGUAACAUUUUCUUGAGGUACUGUUCUAAAGUUGCCUCACAAUAUUUUCUUACAAUUCUGAAAUCAUCAAAGAUCUGAUUUAGUACAUUACAGAUAUGUCCUGUUUGAAAAUAGAUUGCUAGUCAAUUGUAUGCUAGAUGAAUGCAAUCUCUUAAAUUCUCAGCAUUUAGGAAAGUUGUUUUUUUUAUUGACUAGUAGUGAGGAAGAUGUUGUCUUCAAAUCUGACUUCACUGAAACCUUUCUAUGCCUUUUUUUUUUGUUCCGCUUUACUGAAGGUUGUGAGAACUUUAUGAUCUACCUUUUAUUGUGUCUAGUAAAAAUGCCUGUUAGUCUUUAGAUAUACUCUUUUUGUGAAGAUCUCUUGAGGCUUGUGCUUAACGAAUCUGUUUACAGGGUUUAUAAUAAGUCAAUUUUCUUUUGCUUUGUACUGAUUCUCAUGCAUUUAAACAAAAGAUAUAAAUGCUUUUUACAUAAUUAGUCCAUUUACAUUUGACACUGUGUUAAAUAUGUAAACUUUAUUUCUAAUUUUUUUUUUUUUAUUUUGAUUCAGUCCUUACUUUUGUUUAAUAAUUUGAACAAGUUUAUUGCAUCUCUUUUGGACCUUUUUAAUUCACAAAUAUAGUAUUGCAGUUAGUUAUGUGGAUUAUUGGUGUUUCAUAAUAAUUUAUAGAUCUAGCAUAAUAAAAUUUUGUAUAAAGUCUUAAGAACAAACUAUGGAACAAUACAAAUCAAAAGUGCAAUAAUAAUAAUAAUAAUGACCUUAAUCAUUUUUUAUAUUACCAAUCUGCAAGUGUAUAAUGCUAUUUUAAACUAUAUCAAUAAGUUGUUUUCUGUGAAGCUUUCACUAAUGUCCCACCACAGCACAUUUGUCAAUGUUUAGUGUAUGACUUUAACAUUCUGUUUGGUUUCUGAUUCAUCAGACAUGAUACUUCAGAACUACAUUAGGUCAAAAUAGUUCACUUCAUAUCACUCAAAGUGACUCAAAUCUGUACUUUUACAAAAUAUUUUGUCAGAAAUUGAUAAAAAUGAUUAAUUGAACAAACAGUAGAUUGUUAAAUUAUUAACCAGCUUUAGAUACUGGGAACUAAAAUGAAGUAACACUUAAUCUGUUUUUUCAGUAGGCUUUUAGAUAAGGAAGUGUUUUUAAGCACUCAAAGACAUGAGGACAAUUUUUUUGAUAUAUUUGUAGUGGAAGAAUCACCUCAUUACUGCCCUUUGUUUCUUCAAAGAUGUUGUGCUACACUGAAAUGUGAUACUAAUUCUUUCAUGGUAUACACCGUAAAUGAAUGGCGAUAUUUUUAUAUAUAUUUUAAUUUAUUUCAAUGAUUUUUUGACAUUGUUAGUAUUACUGAUAUAUCAUUGGUGUCACAUUUAAGCAGGAGAGUAAAAAAAAUAAAACUGUGGGCCAAAGGUCAAGUUGCUGUUAUCUAAAACUAGUGGUUAAAUAAUAAUGUAUUUUUUCUAAACAUUAUAUUGGAAGCUUAUAACUGAGUACAAAAUAUUUUAAUAACUUGACAAUAAUUAAGUUAUUUGAUUGGACAUUUAAAAGAUACAAAUGGACAUUUUUUUUUCUAAGUAUUUUGUGAUUUACCAAAGGUUGGUAAUAAAGGUUGUUACUUUAUUUUACUUUUGUGCUGAGUUUCACCUAUAGUGAAUAAAUUUAGGUGCUUCGACACUGCA